UGUUACCCGCAAUUCACUACAACCCGCAAUUCUCUCUCUCUCUCUCUGCUUUCCUUCUCCUCCUCUAGUUUUGCCUGCCUAGCUGUUUGAUACAGAGGUAGAAGGAAAAAUAAAAAUAAAGAAUUGGCUUGAGAGAGACUGCAAAGAGAGAAAGCAAAAUUGUUGCAAAAUAGACAAGACUAGCUCUCUCUCUCUCUCUCUCUCUUCUGGCUCUUGCUAAGGACUGGUUUGGAUUAGGAAUCAAUGGCUAGCUUUGCAGGAACAACACAGAAGUGCAUGGCUUGUGAUAAGACUGUGUACUUGGUUGAUAAGUUAACUGCAGAUAAUCGAGUGUACCACAAGGCCUGCUUUCGAUGCCACCAUUGCAGGGGUACCCUCAAGCUCAGCAACUACUGUUCUUUUGAAGGGGUCCUAUAUUGCAGGCCUCACUAUGAUCAACUCUUCAAGCGCACUGGCAGCCUAGACAAGAGUUUUGAAGGAACACCAAAAAUCUUGAAACCUGAAAGACAGGUUGAUGAGAAUGCUAAGGCAGUCUCGAAUAUGUUCGGGGGCACCAGAGAAAAAUGUUUUGGGUGCAACAAGACCGUUUACCCAAUCGAGAAGGUUUCGGUUAAUGGGACACCAUACCAUAGGAGCUGCUUCAAAUGCACCCAUGGAGGUUGCACCAUAAGCCCAUCAAACUACAUUGCACAUGAAGGAAAGCUCUACUGCAAGCACCACCACAUCCAACUCUUCAAGGAGAAAGGGAACUACAGCCAGCUUGAGAGCAACAGCGAAAAGAACGAAAUGACUGAGGUCACUGCUCAAGAAAUUGCUGCUGAAUCAUAAUCCACUUCAACAACGUCUAAUCAUACUUAAGUAAUCUCCACUCUUCCCUAAUAGUUUUAUAAUUGUGUCUUGCUUGUAAAAUAAGGUCCGUUUUAUGAACUUAUGCGGGUUCUGAUGUACUGUUGGGGAUUUUGAUGUGUAAGGACAAGUGAGUUCAGAUCAGAUGUGCCGUGUUAUCAGUUGUGACUUGUUUCAUUCUCUCAGCAUCUGCAUACAAUAUGAAGUUUUUGCUUGGGUUGAAAUAUCA